UCAGUAGUUCAGUUAGAUUACAAAAUUGUUUUUUCAUUAUGAAAGGGUUCUUCCCUCUUCUAUGAUACAGUUUGUGAGUUCUGAAAUUGUGAUUUGAGUUUGGAAACUCUACUGUUUCUUGUGGAAUUCUCCCAGGGUAAUGGCCUGGUCAUUUGGCUUUUCUUAUGUGCUUCUUCUUCUAUUCACAGCCAACUGCUACUGAGUUAAUUGAUAUCUGUAUCUGUGUCUCUGACUUUUGGCAUCAGACUAGAUCAUUCUCAGACUUCACCUGUUUGCUGCUGUUCUGGAUAUCUGAAUUUGUUCGUAGAGUUGUUUCCAUUAUUCUGUCAAUUCUAUAUUACUUCUAUAGUUCAGAAAUUCAGUUUCAUAAUUUUUCUCCUGUAUCUGUUUUAGCAAUAGCUUUUGGGCUGCACCUAGUUGUCAAGGCGUUGCCUAGGUGAUAGGGUGCUCCUUGAGGUCUAAGGUGCAAAGAUCAAUUGUGACCAUCCCAUCUUAUGUUUCUGUAAGGUUCAUUUGGAGUAAAAUUUUUAUCUUAUUUUCCAAUAGGUCAGGGAUGAACUGGAACACUUGCUGGAUGAUGAUGAAGAUAUGGCUGAGAUGUAUCUUACCGACAAGAUGAUGCAGCCACACCUUGAUGGAUCAUCUUCUCUUUCCUAUUUAAAUGAGAGAGAUGGCAUGGAUGAUGUUCUUCAGGCAGAAAUGGAUGACAGGAUUGCAGCUGAAAUUUCAUCAGAGGCAAUUGAGGUUCCUAAUGACUAUGAAGGUGAUCUUCAGAAUAUUGAUUGCCGAGACCAUAUGUUUGGCCUGCCUAAUGCACUUACCAGAGAUGGUUGUGGGACCCAUACUAGCAGUACACACAGUGCCAUGAGUAAGCACAUUGAUGUUGAGGAGCUUGAAAUGCUGUUGGAGGCAUACUUUGUGCAGAUUGAUGGCACACUGAACAAGCUAUCCACGCUGAGGGAAUACGUUGAUGACACAGAAGACUACAUAAAUAUCAUGCUUGAUGACAAACAAAACCAUCUCUUGCAAAUGGGCGUCAUGUUGACAACAGCAACCCUUGUGGUGAGCGCAUUUGUUGUAGUGGCUGGUAUAUUUGGUAUGAACAUCAAGAUGGAGUUGUUCAACAAGGAGAAAUCAGGGAUGCCAGAGUUCUUGUGGACUGUUGGUGGUGGUGCUACAGGCAGCAUUUUCCUGUAUGUGAUUGCCAUUGCUUGGUGCAAGCACAAACGCUUGAUAGAGUAAGUAUUGAUUGAUUGAAGCUCAAAUAUUCUAAUAUUCUGAUCA